UUCGUGUCCUAUCAUGCUGAACAGCCUUGCUUUUCCCAUUUGAUUCCGAAGCAUCAAUUCUCUUCCUCUCUCUCUCUCUCUCACUCUCACUCUCUCACACACUCUCAUCCUCGAAUCCACACAAAUCUUCGAGAGUGGAAGUGUGUUGACGUUUCUUUAGUUUGUUGCAAUUCCUUUCCACGGCUCUCCUUGCAUCUCAGAUCGAAAUUGAGGCAAUGUCUGUGCUCUUCUGCAUUGGUUAUGUCCAUAUCAACUAGCUAAUAACUACAUGGUGGAGAUAGGCAUUUUGGAUACUGCUGUCUCAGAUGACUUUUAGUUGCUCUAUUAUGCAUGAACAGCAUUGCUAUGGGCAUUUGUCUGAUGAAACGGCAAUGGCCAUGGCUUCUUUGUGUUCUGCUGCUACACCUUAUGAUGAAAAAAUACGAAGCAAUCAGUCCUGAUGGUGAGGUUCUUAACAACUUCAGGCUAUCAGUUGCUAGCUCAGAUGGCGUCCUCUUACAAUGGAGACCCGAGGAUCCUGAUCCAUGUAAAUGGAAUGGAGUGAAGUGCGAUCCCAAGACCAAAAGAGUUACACAUCUGAUUCUAUCUCGCCAUAAGUUGAGUGGGUCUAUAUCUCCUGACCUUGGGAAGCUAGAGCAUUUAAGGGUUCUCGCUCUUCACAGCAACAACUUCUAUGGCACAAUUCCAUCAGAAUUGGGAAACUGCACUGAAUUGCAGGGAAUCUUUUUACAGGGUAAUUACCUUAGUGGAGUGAUUCCAAGUGAAAUAGGAAAUCUCUCACAGCUCCAAAAUUUGGACAUAUCAAGCAACUCGCUUAGUGGGAAUAUCCCAGCAUCACUUGGGAGGUUGUAUAAUCUCAAAUAUUUUAAUGUAUCUACCAAUUUUCUGGUUGGGCCAAUACCUGCUGACGGUGUCCUUGCCAAUUUUACUGGAAGCUCCUUUGUUGGAAAUCGUGGUUUGUGUGGGGUUCAACUCAAUUCAACAUGUAAAGCUGAUGGUUCGCCUGGGACAAAUAUUCAAUCUAAUUCUUCAGACCAAAAUCAAAAUGGAAAGAAGAAAUAUUCUGGCAGGCUGCUCAUCAGUGCAUCAGCAACUGUGGGUGCACUACUUUUGGUGGCACUUAUGUGCUUCUGGGGUUGUUUUCUUUAUAAGAAAUUUGGUAAAACUGACAAAAUAAGUCUUGCAAUGGAUGUUAGUGGAGGUGCAUCAAUUGUCAUGUUCCAUGGUGACCUACCGUAUUCUUCGAAAGACAUUAUUAAGAAACUUGAAACUUUAAAUGAGGAACACAUAAUAGGGAUAGGGGGGUUUGGAACUGUUUACAAGCUUGCAAUGGAUGAUGGGAAUGUAUUUGCCUUGAAAAGAAUAGUAAAGUUGAAUGAGGGCUUUGACCGGUUUUUUGAGAGGGAGCUUGAAAUUCUUGGUAGCAUCAAACACCGUCAUCUAGUGAACUUACGUGGAUAUUGCAAUUCACCUACAUCAAAGUUGUUAAUAUAUGACUACCUACCUGGUGGUAGUCUUGACGAAGCUCUUCAUGAAAGAUCCGAGCAACUUGACUGGGAUUCACGCUUGAAUAUAAUUAUGGGAGCUGCAAAAGGGCUUGCCUACUUGCAUCAUGAUUGUUCACCUAGGAUCAUACAUCGAGACAUAAAAUCAAGUAACAUUUUGCUUGAUGGAAAUUUGGAUGCCCGAGUCUCUGAUUUUGGACUAGCCAAACUUUUGGAGGAUGAAGAAUCCCACAUCACCACGAUUGUUGCUGGAACGUUUGGUUAUCUAGCUCCUGAGUAUAUGCAAAGUGGUAGAGCAACUGAGAAGACUGAUGUCUAUAGUUUUGGUGUGUUGACACUUGAAGUGCUAAGUGGAAAGCGGCCGACAGACGCUUCAUUCAUUGAAAAGGGUCUCAAUAUUGUUGGCUGGCUGAAUUUUCUUAUUACUGAAAAUAGGCGGAGGGAAAUAGUUGAUCCGCAUUGCGAAGGGAUACAGGUUGAGAGCCUUGACGCCUUGCUCUCUGUGGCUAUUCAAUGCAUUUCGUCGAGUCCAGAGGAUCGACCAACGAUGCACCGAGUUGUACAGUUGCUUGAAUCGGAGGUCUUGACUCCAUGCCCAAGUGAUUUCUAUGACUCCGAGUAGAAUUCUUGCGAAGACAAACUAACUGCCUGUUGUGUUUGCCUCUGUCAUCGCAAGUCACUUACAAUUCACAAGCUAUGGUCGCAUAUUAAAACGAAAUUUGUCUUGAAAGAUGCCCUUGCACCACUACAUAACAAGAAAGAUAUCAUCCUCGGAUGCCCGUGCAUUUCUGUCUUCACAAAUGGAGUUGCAGUUGAAAUUGCCACUAGUUCGUGGUUGUUCCACCUUCCCACUUGGGUCUCUCUUGUUAUUUUUUCACCUCUCCUUGGAUUUGUAAUCUCGGUCACAUUUGUUCACUCCAAUUUAAGUGUAUAUGUAUAAAUUCAGUACGCUACCUUUUUGCAAGCAA